AUGGCUCAAGGAAAUCGAUAUAUUAGAUUUAACACCGGAUUUUAUUAUUAUAUUCAAGUCAAUGAUCUCGAUAAAAUGUAUAGAAUUUUGAGAUACAAAAAUUAUUCAGAUGAAAUUCAAAGGUAUUCUAUUGGUCAUGAACGUGAUACUGAUAGUUACUUGAGAGGUCCACCCGGCAUAGUAUUAGAGACUAUUACUGCGACUAAAUAUAUUGAUUUAAAUAGUACAAAUCCUCAAGCUAUAGCAUCCACGAUGAAUGCUAUCAAUUCUGUGGUGUUUAAGAGAUUUAAAAAGAAACCAACGGAUAAGGAAAUCGAGAAAUUGGUUAUCGAAGUUAGCAAAUUGAUUGAUAUAUAUUCCAAUCGAUUCGUUGAACAUGUACCUGAGGAUAACAAGAGGAUUAUCUCUGAAAAUUUUUCAAUUUUUAUCAUAGUUUUUGCUUCAGUGGCUAGG